CCCUCCCUCUUAUACCGAGCCCUGGAUACACUGGCACACUCACUGCUUCCCUGUUCGCUAUCUCUAUCUCUCUACCCUCCUCGCUCAAUCUGCUGGUGCGUUCAGCCCACUGCUAUUUCAAAAACCGCCAAGAUGUCUGACAAGCCCAACAUGGCAGAAAUCGCUAGUUUUGACAAGACAAAGCUGAAGAAGACGGAGACGAAAGAGAAAAACCCCCUGCCCACCAAAGAAACCAUCGAGCAGGAGAGGAAAGGCGAUGCUACACCUUGACUUGUGAGCACAGGAAGAAAAGAAGAAAGAUGCCACCGCAAAAAGCACUUUGUUUUGAUCAUAACAGUAUUUGAAUAUGUUGUUUGUCUAUGUAAAUGGGUGCUCUGAGCUCCCUAGGGUGUUAUAAGGGUAUAUGGCAUCCUACCAGGGGGCUCUCUUACUGGAAGGGAGAGAGGAAUGUACUGCCUGGGUGCUUGCUUUUGUUACUGUAUAGCCAAUGUUCUCCAGUAUUGCCAAACUAGGGAGUGGUGUAGAGUUGUAGCGCAGAGCAAAAGACAGGCAUCCAGGCUUACAUUGAAGAGAAAAUUGGAUAAUCAAAGGGAUGUUUUCUUAAUCAACUUUUUACUUUUCUUUGUCAAAUAAAUAUGAAGAUGUGGAUA